AUGGGAAAUCUAUUGUGCUGUGUACAAGUAGACCAAUCUAAAGUUGCUAUCAAGGAGCGGUUUGGCAAAUUUGAUAAAGUCCUCGAGCCAGGUUGCCAUUGCAUGCCUUGGGUUCUUGGAAGCAAAGUAGCCGGUCAUCUCUCCCUCCGUCUACAGCAGUUGGAUGUGCGCUGUGAAACUAAGACAAAAGAUAAUGUAUUCGUCAAUGUAGUGGCAUCAAUACAGUACCGUGCCCUUGCAGAUAAGGCAAGCGAAGCUUUCUACAAACUGAGCAACACAAGAAGUCAAAUUCAGGCCUAUGUAUUCGAUGUAAUUAGAGCAAGUGUUCCAAAACUCAACCUUGAUGAUGCUUUUGAGCAGAAAAAUGAAAUAGCAAAGGCAGUUGAAGAUGAACUAGAGAAGGCAAUGUCUGCUUAUGGGUAUGAAAUUGUUCAGACACUGAUUGUUGACAUAGAACCAGACGAGCAUGUUAAGAGAGCAAUGAAUGAAAUAAACGCCGCUGCAAGGCUAAGAGUGGCUGCUAAUGAGAAGGCAGAGGCUGAAAAGAUCUUGCAAAUUAAGAGAGCCGAAGGUGAAGCAGAGGCUAAAUAUCUCUCUGGAUUGGGUAUUGCUCGCCAGCGUCAAGCAAUUGUGGAUGGUUUAAGAGAUAGUGUACUAGGUUUCUCAGUUAAUGUUCCUGGAACCACUGCAAAGGAUGUUAUGGAUAUGGUCCUUGUCACUCAGUACUUUGACACGAUGAAAGAAAUUGGAGCUACCUCCAAAUCAUCUGCUGUGUUCAUCCCUCAUGGACCAGGUGCAGUUCGUGAUGUGGCAACACAAAUUCGUGAUGGACUUCUUCAGGCUUCUCAACCAUGA